AAAGAUAAGGACCUUUUUCUUCCCAGGGUGGAUGGAUUGAUCUCUGGAACAUCGAAAGUGCGGAUCGCUUCUUCGAAGAACGAUAGAUUCCAAUGGACAGCCUGAUAAUUUACAACCUCUGCAUUGAUUGAACAUUGAAUCCUUUCUGUAUCAACUUUUAUAGGGCGUUUCGUUUUGCUUUUGCCUAUGCUAAAAGAACGGGCUACAUCAUAUUUUCUGACGUUCGUUAUACUGUAGACUUUCAGAUUGUAUUCCCUGUCCGGACCGACUCGCAUCAGAUAUUUUCGCCCCGUUAUGUGAUAUCUGACCGGACGGAUGUUCGCCUCUGUAUCGGUGUGAUCGGCGAUGUGGCCAUGGCAGGUUUUGGAGCCCAGAAGUGUCCGAAGAGCGAGAAGUUGGACGAGGCGCAGGCACUGGCCCGGAGCUGCGCGGGGAGACCGGACUUCUUGCCGUGCGCUGGGCUGUCAAUAUGCGCCACGCACAGCCACGGAAAGUGCUUCAAGUUGCACUGGUGCUGUCACUUGGGCUGGUGCCACUGUAAAUAUGUGUACCAGCCCAUGACCAGUGUGUGCCAGCUGCCGAGCACGGCGGUGCCCUCUGACCCCUCUGAGUCCCCACCCACCAUGAACCUGUCUGUCUCCCUCACCGAACGCUUCCUGAAGAUUGCCCCCUGCUUCCAGUCCCCACCGUACCUCCAGUCGCCCAAAUACUGUGUCAUUACAGACCUCUUCAUCGACGACUACAUCGUCAAACGCAUCAACGGGAAGAUGUGUUAUGUUCAACGUUCUCCUCCUCCAAUCCCUGAUCCUCCUGCUGCUGCAUCUCCUGCUGCUGCUGCAUCUCCUCCUGUGAAGCAUCACCCCCAUAACCUCUCACGGCACCACCCCGGCCCUGUAGACAAGCUGAAAGGCCCCAAGAUGGACCACUGCUCCUCUCCAUCCAGCUCCGAGGACUCUGGGAUCAACGCGUUAGGUUUGCACUGCCUGGAAUCCUGUGAGUCAGAGUCAGAGGAUCAGAAUGAAGAGUUGAGCACCGAUGGAGAUGGGAAAUCUAGCCCUUGUCUCUGGGACCAGGAUGAGACCUCUCAGCUGUCUCCCUCUAAGUCCAUGGUGGAGAUCAUCGAGAAGAUUGAGACCACUGUGUGACAGACAGAGACAGACAGACAGACAGACACUUCACUGAGCACAGCAGAGAGAUACAACUAUAUUAUACUAUAUCUAUGGAGCACACAGCCUCUCUGAGAGCAUUUGAAAAACAGCUCCAGAUUUCUUGAGUUGGAUUUAAAGGACCUACAGUCCACCGACUGCAGGUGACCUUGUUGUGGUCAGAUAUAGGUAACCCCACAUCAUGAUGACCCUAUGUGUUUUCUCAGAGACGGUCAAGGAUCCCAGAUAUGGAUGGUCUCUGGUUUUUCCACCCCACUCUGUAUAUCUCUCCAGACCCCCUGCAUGGUUUGUUAGAUAGAUAGGGCUGUCUAUAGGUAGGGCUGUCUAUAGUUGGGCUGUCUAUAGAAAGGGCUGUCGACUGUAGCAAAGAUUUGACAAGAAACACAGAGGAAACAUGUCCUUUAACAUUCACAUGGACUCUCAGCAGCUGACCAAAUAGACUUCUUACUAGUCCCAUGGAGACGGACCAUCAGCAGACAAAUGGACGAACACAGCCUUUAUUAACCCCUCAACUACCAAGCCUUGUACCAAGAACUCCUGCCUGCUUCUAGAAAUACAAUCAAAAUAGAAUUUUGAGUUAGAACUUUGACGUUGUUUGACAAUCAAGAAAGCACAUUCCUUCCUCUGCCUGCUGUGAAGACCACAACUACACAACUACCUAUCAGCCAAGGAUGCAGUGUGGAAAUACUAAAUCACAUGUGUUUACCAGAGCAAAGAGGACCAGUGAUUCCCACUGCUACUAUGUACUUUAUUACCUUGAUGGGAAGCAGUGAAGCGCCGACGUUAAUGGCCACCCUUGAGGUGGUCAUUCACACCAGAGCAACUGCUCAGUAUAAAAGCACAGUACAUACUGUACUGUAUCCAUUACCAUCAGUACUAUCCAUUACCAUACAGUACUGUUCAGUACUAUCCAUUACCAUACUGUACUGUUCAGUACUACCAAUUACCAUACAGUACUGUUCAGUACUAUCCAUUACCAUACAGUACUGUUCAGUACUACCAAUUACCAUACAGUACUGUUCAGUACUAUUCAUUACCAUACAGUACUGUUCAGUACUACCAAUUACCAUACAGUACUGUAUGGUACUAUCCAUUACCAUACAGUACUGUUCAGUACUAUCCAUUACCAUACAGUACUGUUCAGUACUAUCCAUUACCAUACAGUACUGUUCAGUACUAUUCAUUACCAUACAGUACUGUUCAGUACUAUCCAUUACCAUACAGUACUGUAUGGUACUAUUCAUUACCAUACAGUACUGUUCAGUACAAACCAUUACCAUACAGUACUGUUCAGUAGUAUCCAUUACCAUACAGUACUGUAUGGUACUAUUCAUUACCAUGCAGUACUGUUCAGUACUAUUCAUUACCAU